AUGGGGGGGCCCUUCCCCAUCUGGAAUCAUCAGCCAGUAUUUUGUGACCCAAGGGAUGCCUUGUGCCAUGUUAAUCAGCAAGGCCCUAUAACUCCUGAGUCUCCACUCAGUCCCACAGCCAUGAACACGUACCCUGCAGGGACUAAGCAGAAGGGCUUGCAGAAUCUCACCAAAGGUAUCCAUGAGCAGCCUUUCUCUGGCUGGGCCCCAACAACUGGCAAUCUGCAGGAGGUGCUGCGGCAGCCUGAAUACCAUCUAUUGGGAGAUGCACCAAUCUUCGAGGGCAGCUUUGUGCAGGUAACCAAGAGGGGUGAAUACAUUGGCAUCCACAACCACCCCAAUCUAAUCACCAUGGGUGUUUUAGCCAGCAGCCCAUCUCUACUACUUCCUGACCUGAUGAUCAUGGCCCAAGUAAAGAAAGGUGUCAAAACCACAAAGGCAAAGGUGAAAGACCUGGAGAUCACUCGGUUGAUCCCUCUACACCUGGUGGAGAUUUUUGUGCAUAACGUGAAUGAGCGACAGCUGAAAGUAAAGUUGGCAACAGGGCGAAAAUAUUAUCUGCAACUCUGUGCCCCCAAAGGGGAUGAGAACUUCCUCUUUGAUCGCUGGAUGCGCCUUGCUUACCUGUUGCACGUGGCCAGCGGCAGGAUCAGUGAUCCAGUCAGCUUCACCUCUAAGGAAUCGGGGCUUCACACGAUAUGGAAGAGUGCUAGCUUGCGUGCUACAUCUGAGAAGCAGCCUUGGCUCCCAGGCACCAUGGGUGCACAGUCCGCGGAAAAGCUGAAGGAGCAGCUACGUCAGGCCAGCUUGGCCAGGAGCAUGUCAAGAUCCACGGAAAGUGACCUUGCUUCACAACACAGCAUCCUCAAAUCAGGUUUUGCUUCUCAAGGAUCAGUUGGAAUCUCACCCAAAAAGCAGGUGGCUGUCAAGCCUUCCAAACGUGUAACAAUCUCAGGCGUGAUUGGCCCAUCAGGGAAAAGUGUCCCGGAGGAGAAGAAGGAGGAAGAAGAGGCAGGGAAUCCUGAGCUCCACACAGUUGACAAUCUGAGGAUGGAUGCAGGCUCCAGUGCAGCAGCUAUGAUGGGGACAGAUACAGACCGCCCACCCCCACAGUCCCACGCUUCAAUGGGAGAAGGAGCCCCUGAGGCAAAGAGUCCUGCAGUUGGGGGUGGCAACUCAGAAGCAGCUGAAUUCUCAAGGCCAGGCAGCCAGAUCAUUGCCAGGGAGCCUGGUGUGGCAAACGUGACUUUCCAGAAGUCUGACCAGAUCAAGGAUGUGGGACAGCCCAGCACUCCCCGCCUGGAGGAUCAGGGUUGCCAGGUCUCCGGUUUCCUGCCGGAGUCUCAGGGAAAAAGGGGCCGUCUCCGGCCUCCGGCUAUACUUCGUUUAAAAAGGUGGAUCUCCGGCUUUUCAGCGGCCCCCUCAGCCACGCAUGCGUGACUGACACACGCAUACGUUGGGCUGUGGCUGGCCGCCUUCCCGCCCUUUCUCAGUCAGCCGGGGACUGCAGACACAGGAGGACGAAGCGGCUGCCAGCAGGUGCCUCAAGAAGACUCGAGCUGCCGCCGUCAUUGCAUGGAAGCUGCCUUGGCACUGGGUCGACAAGCCGAAAG